AUGACCUUUGAAGAGGCGCCUAGCCUGGCCAAUGACGAGGCAGGGGAACCGGCUGCCGAUGGAAUGUCGUCUAGCAGCUCCUCAAUUGGCUCUCUUGAUUACGAGAUGCCUCAGUGCAGCCAGCCAAGGCCUCAAGCAGCGCUUCCCCUUGCUUCUUCCAUCGCCAGGUCUCCUUCUGUACGUCGCCGACGCGUUCAGUCGCCAAUGGCCUUGCCAAGCCCCGCACCUCGCCAAAAUGCUCAAUCGUUGUCUGCCUCGCCCACUCCAGCAGCUCAGGUCGCCUCUCCAACCUCUGGUGAAAGAUCCACCCCUGCACGCCAAGUUGCGCAGGCAGAGGAUACAUCUCCUACAUCUGUUGCGGACCAAAAAGCCGCCCCAGCCUUGCCUGCUUCUGCUUCUGCUUCUGCUUCUGCUUCUGCAAGGACGCCAGCGGCAAGGACGCCAGCGACAAGGACGCCUCCGCUUUCUCCAUCUGACUCUGGAGCGCUGAGGAAGACUGCCAGAUUCAACGAGGACGUCACCGCAUUGCCUGCUGUUGCUGAAAGGGAUAAGACGACGAGUGCUGCUACUGCCACGACCACAAUUGCUCUUGCUGCUGUUGUUUCUGCUGCUGCAGAUGCUUCUGCUACUGCUGCUGCGACCGGGACUGAAGAUGUUGGGCAUUCUGUUGACACUGCUCAUCUCAACGCUCCCAUCGAGCCUCAUGCCGCUGACGAAGAUAUGACAGAUGCAAUUCAGGUUUCCGACACUACUGAUGCUGCUGUCGCUGAAGUAGAUGUUCCAGAUGCAGACAAAGCUCCCAAUACUGCAGAGAACGCCGCAGACGUAGCUAUGGCAGAAGCUACCGCUGAAUGGUCGACUGCCGCAUUUGCCGCGAUUGCCACAAGUAUCGAGGAUGCUCGAGUGCAUUUCUCUUACAACUCUGUACCGCUCGAGGGUAUGCAGGAAGCCAAGCUUAGUCACGCGCGCUGA